UAAUCGAUUUUAUAAUAUAUUUAUUCAGAGCUUAGAAUUUAAGUUCAUUUUCACAAAUAUAUGUGUAAAAAAUAUGCACGAACAAAUGAGGCGUAAACACCUUAAGUGAGGAUCGAUAAAUAUGGAUACUAAUAUGCUAUAAGAAAAAAAAAGGGUGUUCCAUGUCAAAUCCACAUUUAUAUACAGGGCAAUCGCCUAACUCUUUUACCAACAAUGAAGGUGUACAUAAUGAUUCCGUUCUGCAUGUUUACUUACCGAACAAAACUUCUCGAUCAAUUGUUUUUAACGAAAAUAACACCGUACGCAAUAUCAUCGAGGAAACAAUCCGCACUUCAUAUGCUGGCAAUAACGUGAACACAUUAUAUUAUGCACUUCGGUUAAAUAAUUUGAUAACAAAUGAAAAAAUAUGGCUUACUCGAACAAAAUGUAUGACGGAUGUGCUUGCUUAUAUUUGGAAUGCGAAUUGCACGAACGUUCAAUGUCCCAACUAUGCACAAUUAGGUAAUCAACAGCAAAAGGUUGGUAAAUAUAUUUCAAAUAGCGUGUGGCGGGUUGAGUUGCGUGUAAGGUAUAUUCCAAGUAAUAUAAAUACUCUAUAUAAAGAAGACAUCAUAACUUGCUACAACUUAUUUGAUCAGAUACAUCAGGAUUAUAUUGAAUCAAAUAUAUCUGCUGAUAUUGAAGUGGCUACACAAAUUGGUUGUUUUUGCAUUCGUUAUUAUUUAAAAACUAAUGUAACGAAGUCUAUGGAUAGGAAGCAACAUGUUGACUUUGUCGAAAAAGAAGUUGGUCUAAAUCUAUUUUUUCCGAAAGCUGUGAUACAUUCAAUAAAGCCAAAGAAUCUUAAAAAAAUGAUACAGUCCACAUACAAGAAGUUGUAUAAUUAUAGUGAACAGGAGUAUAUUACAAAAUUCUUUGAACUUGUUAGUACAUUAUACAAUUAUAAUUAUGAAAAAUUUGCCGUGACAUUAAGCUCAGCUUGGAAUAUAUCGGGAAUAUUUUACGUUGGCUACGAUAUUGGAAUCUCGUACCAAACUCAUCCUCAAGCAAGCAUAACAAUGGUUGCAUUUUUCACUGAUAUUAAAAUGAUAACAACAUAUACUCUACCCAAAGAAAAUCCAACAAAUGAUUCUUCCACUUCUAUUGAAGCCACUGAUAUAAGAUGUAAUUGUCGUGAGUUAAAAAUUCAAAUACGAAUCACAACAUUUAGUAAUGAUGAGGAUUUAAUUGUUACUUGUGAUGGUCUUACGACUGCUGACAGCAUUGCGGAUCUUAUUGAUGGUUACUGCCGUUUAAUUAGCAACAAUUUGGAAUAUAAAGUUUGGCAGCCAUACCAGUCAAAAAUAGGAAACCUAAAUGAAACCAAUUGCUUAGAGAAUUUAUCAACUGGUAUUGAUGAUAUCGAUAAUAGUAGUAAAAAUACUAUAAAUUCAAGCGGUUCAGAUAAAAAAUCGACUAAGAAGCCAGAAUUAUCCGAAGACUAUGCAGAAAUUGGUUUAGUUGAAGAAGAGGGAGAUUAUUCAACUCCUACUGUUCGAAAUUAUGAAUUGGAUCGGAAUCAAAUUACGUUGAAUGAUGUAAUUGGUGUUGGGCAAUUCGGCGAUGUUCAUAUUGGCACAUUCCAUAUAAAAAAUAGUGGCAAAAAGAUGCAAAACUUAAAAAAUAAAAAUGACAUCAUUGAUACCAAAUUAUCGACAGUAAUACAAGUAGCAGUAAAAACUUGUAAAACCACUGAAGAGUCUGAAAAUUCAGAUCAUUUCUUAGAGGAAGCAUAUAUUAUGCAGAAGUUUGAUCAUCCUCAUAUAAUUCGUCUUAUUGGUAUCUGCAGCUCCUCUCCGAUCUGGAUCGUUAUGGAGUUAGCGAAACUUGGUGAAUUGCGAUCUUAUCUUAAAACUAAUAGUGAAAGAAUGAAGAGAGAAACUUUAAUAUUAUAUUGCUAUCAACUGUCAACAGCUUUAAGCUAUUUGGAAUCUAAGAAGUUUGUUCAUAGAGAUAUUGCAGCCCGGAAUGUUUUAGUCAGUUCACCAACAUGUAUUAAGCUUGCUGACUUUGGUCUUUCACGUUGGGUAUCUGAUCAAUCAUACUAUCACUCGAGUAUGUGUAAACUUCCAAUUAAAUGGAUGGCACCAGAAUCAAUUAAUUUUCGUAGGUUUACAACAGCAAGUGAUGUUUGGAUGUUUGGAGUUUGUUGUUGGGAAAUAUUGAUGCUAGGCGUUAAACCAUUUCAUGGUAUUAAGAACAAUGACGUUAUUACUAAAUUAGAAAAUGGGGAACGUUUACCACUGCCGAAUAAUUGUCCUCCUCGUUUAUAUUCGCUUAUGUCCCAAUGCUGGAUGUUUGAACCAACUAAAAGACCAAAUUUUAAAAGAAUCAAGGAA